UUUUUUUUUCUCUCGAACACAUCCUCACAACUCUUGGUUUUCCCUCUCACGAUUGUCCAGCAUGAAGCCGUGGAUUGCCGUGCCGGCCACGCUCGCAUUGGUGUACAGAGCGUGGUCGCGAAACUCGCUCACGCCACUGGGCAUCUUUGUUGCAGCGCUGACGGCCGUAGCACAUGCCGUGCACCCUUGGAGUGUAUUUUUUGCGCUUCUCGUCGUUUUUUUUCUAUCGGGCACGACCGUGACCAAGGUAAAGCACGACGUCAAGGCGAAACUGACCCAUUCGAGUUCUGGAUCGCCCGGCGGAGAAGGGCCGCGCACACAUGUUCAAGUACUCGCAAACUCUGUCGUUGCGAGCGUCUUGAUCCUCGCCCACGCGUGGGUGCUGAAGAAGGAUGGCGCGUUGGAGCUGUGUUGGCACAAUAAGCCGUACCAAAGAGCAGCCGACGUGCUCGUGGCAGGCAUCGUAGCUAAUUACACGGCCGUCGCCGCGGACACGUUCUCCUCCGAGCUUGGUAUUCUCGCAAAAGCACAGCCUAGACUCAUCACCGCUCCGUGGAAGAAAGUAGCGCCGGGGACGAACGGGGGCGUCACCGUAACGGGCAUACUUGCUGGCUUUUUGGGCUCCUUCAUUGUUGCAGCGACAGCCACGGCUUUGAUGCCCUUCUGUGAAGAAGGCUCGAGCGUUCUUUCGCAAGAUUUUUCGUCAAGCGGUUGGACGACUCAUGAGCGACUGAAUUUCAUGCUAGCGAUGACGGCCAUCGGUGUCGGUGGCUCGCUCUUUGACUCACUUCUGGGCGCCGUCUUCCAGGCCAGCGUCAUAGACAUCCGAACGGGCAAGGUCAUCGAGGGAGAAGGAGGCGCAAAAGUGCUUGUCCGCAGCACAGGAUCCAUGAAGCUGAAGCAAAGCGAGACGGCGUUCAAGGACAAGGAGCACCAUGAAAGCAGGAAAGUAGCCACGGGAAUGGAUAUUCUGAGCAACAACGGCGUUAAUCUGCUCAUGGCCGCGACGAUGAGCGCACUUGCCAUUGUUGGGGCCUCAUGGCUCUGGAAUCUAUCUUUGUCUCAAGUCCUCUCAGAAUUACAACGAUGAUUGAAUAGAUACAAGAUGUUAGAUUUAUUACACGCUAAUACGAACUUAAUAUUCAAAGUCAAUCUGUAGGAGGUGCUGGUCUUCUACCUUCAACGUCAAGACAUGCGGUAACC